AUGCCAGGAUACAGUAGGCAGAAGGCAUCCCUUGCCCACAGAGCAGGCCUGCUGCUGCUCCUCGCCCUCCCAGCAGCACUUGCAGGAUAUCACCCGGCAGUGAUCAGGCUUGACACAGGCAACACAGGCGCUGGCGCUUACACGGAUGCAGCCGGCAAUGCCUGGUCUCCAGACUCCAACUACAGAGGCGGGGGGGUUGAGGCGAUAAGCGCGCACAUAGAUAAAGAUGCUGACAGCGCUGAUGUCGUCUAUGACACCAACCGCAUCGGAGGAAGCUUCCACUACAGCUUCGGGGCAGCUGACGGCCUGGUGGCAGGACAGACUUACACUCUAGCGCUGCACUUCGCAGAGCUCUACUUCGAUACUGUCGGCCAGCGAGUCUUCACCGUCAUCGUCAAUGAUCAGGCUGUGCUGCCUGAUUAUGACAUCAUCGCAGACGCCGGCGCCAAGGACGUUGCCGUGGUGAAGAAGUUUCCUGUCACGAUCGGCGAAGACGGCCUGUUGACCAUUGUCUUCGUGGCUACUGCCAACCAGGCAACGGUGGCGGGUAUAGAGGUGCUUCUGCCAGCGCUGCUGCGCAUCAACUCAGGCAGCGCCGACAGCUUCACCGAUGCAGCCGGCAAUGUCUGGGCAGCCGACAGCGGCUUCAUUGGUGAGGGCCGCCUGGCAGCCACGGCGGCCAUCGAAGGGGCGGAGGACGGCGCAGAUGCGAUCUACCAGGACUCUCAUGCGGCGCCAGAGUUCGGAUACAUCUUUGGCAAGACUGACGGCCUCAAGCCAUCCACUGACUACGUCGCUGUGCUGCACUUUGCCGAGCUGAGCGCGACAGCUGUGGGGCAGCGGGUCUUUGACGUGGCCGCCAACAGCCAGGCAGCCCUGUCAAACUUUGACACCUUCCAGGAAGCAGGCGAGCAGCGGUUCACAGCGGUGAGGCAUCAUUUCCCAGUGUCAGUCGACAAGAGCGGCACCCUCGUGUUGACCUUCCAGGGGCAGGAGAGCAGCAAUGCAGCCGUGGCCGCCAUAGAGAUCUACCCAUUCCCGCCCGGAGAAAGAGUCCCUGCGGCCGCGCCGGCAGCGGCGCCGGAGGCAGCACCGGAGAUUUCCAUUGCCGCUGACUCAUCCACUGACUCACCUGGCAUUCCCGCCAGCUCGCCAGCACCGUCCCCCUUGCCAGCACCGGAGUCACUCCUUGCCGAUGAGUCAGCCCCUGCUGACUCAGCAGCCUCGCCCGCCAGUUCGCCGGCGUUGUCUCCUGAGUCAUCAACCAACGAUGAGAUGUUCAUCUACGCAACGGGCUUUCCUGCAACUUCACCUUCAUCCGCACCAGAAACCUCUGUGAAGGAUGACUCAUCGAUGACGUCAUCGAUCUAUACAGCAGCCGCGCCGACACCUGCGCUUGAAGCUUCCAAGCAAGAUAAGAUAUUCAUCACAUCAUCGGAAUAUUCUGCUGCCACUCCGGCACCUGCGCCGGAGGCUUCUGUGGAGUAUGAGUCAUUCAUUACCUCAUCGGGCUCCCCAGCAACCGCGCCCAUGGCGUCAGCGGCGGGUGCGCCGUCAGCGGAUGAGUCAUACACUAUGUCAUUGCAUACGCCCGCGAUUGCGCCAGAAGCUGCCACAGCAGCCGCGCCUGUUUUAACGCCUGCCCCGGUGCCCAGCAAGGAGCCAGAAACUAUGAGCUUCCCGCUCAUUCAGGCGGACCCUGCCCUCAUGGCGGCUCCAGUUCCUGCACCAGCCAGCGGCCCUUCGCUCACAUUUGCCGCAGAGUACUACAAAGAUUACAUACCCACCCCCGCCCCAGUUCCUGCGCCUGUUCUGGCACCGAGCGACGAGCGACCGAUGACCAUAGAUGAGGUUAUCUCCCCUGGCCCUGCGCCAAUGCCCCUCGGGUCGCCGUACGAUUUUGAUAUUACCGUCCCUGCGAUGGGACCUCAGCCUGAGGUCAUUGGACCAGGCCCGCCCUGCGUUGACCUUGAGGCACUUCUGAAUGGCGCGAUCCCCCAGAUCAUGAGCCAGUGGGGAUCCAAGGAAGCCGCCAUGAAGACAGCCAUGCUCGACAAGACGCCUACAAACCUGACCUACCCAACAACAGCCGAAUUCGCAGCAAAGGACGACUGCGGCCGCACUCAGUACCUCUACGAGCUCCUCGUGGCGCUCGUCGCAUUAGCCGACACGGCAGCCGCCGCACCGGCCGCCGCCCCGGCAUUUGCGCCGGCGCCGUGGGCCGAGGCCGCGCCCGUUCUGGCUCCCGCUCCGGAGCCUGUUCUGGCGCCGGCACCGGUGCCAGUUCUGGCUCCCGCUCCGGCUCCGGUUUCUGUUCUGGCACCGGCCCCCAUGCCAGUUUUGGCACCGGCGCCGGUGCCUAAACUGGCGCCGGUGCACGCACCUCUUCUGGCUCCGGCGCCGAUGCCGUUUCUGGCGCCAAGACACGCGCCACGGCCGGCACCGGUGCCCGCCCCGGCCCCGGCCGUGCUGCCCUGGCCUGCACCGAAGCCGGCGCCGCAGCCAAACUGCCCGGCCUACGCCGGACCGGCCGUCACAUCGCAGAGCGCCGUGAAAUUUGAACUCCAAUUCCCGGAGCCGUUUACAGCGCCGGAGUGUGCGCCCGGGUGCCUGCUGAGCCUGGCGGGAGGGGACGCCUCAUUUGACGCGCUCGCUCAGGGCUUCCAAACCCCCGCCAGUUUCUUUGCCUCGCAGGACGCUAAAACCUACUUCGGCACCCUCUACUUCCCUCUGUCUGCCGCGUACCCGGCAGUGGGCCAGCAGCCGCCGAUACUGACAACUCAAUUGGCAUUCGCUGGCGACGGCUGUGAAGGACAGCUGGCAUCAGUCACAUUUGACGCGACUCGCCCCGUAGUCACCAUGACUAAGGUCUCCGAGCGCUUCGGCUCCCCGGCCGAUGGUGUAACGCGGCGCAGAAAGCUGCUCGCGAACGAGACCACGCUCUUUGUUCUGAUGCUGUUCAACUUCAGCAAGCACGUGGACAGCUUCUCGGCGGAGGAUCUCAUAGUCACGAGCGGCUCGGUGUUCGAGGUGAUUCCGGUGCAGCACACCAAUGACUACUUUGUGUGGCUCGCCCUCACCCCGGGCGCCGGCUCUUUUAGCGUCGUCAUCAAGUCAGGGACCGUUACGGAUGCUGCGGGCAACAUCUUGUACAGCGACCCCACCGCUCCAACAUCCUUUGCUGUACUCAGCAGCUCAGAGGUGCAGAGCAGUGCGGCGAGCUCGACAGGGCUGCUGAGUAAGGGCGCCAUCAUCGGGUUAGUCGUCGGAUUAGUCAGCGGGCUCCUGCUGGCGGCACUCGCCACCACUCUCUGCUUCUGGUUCCUCAGGAGGAAGGGAUACCAGCGUGACUAUGCUGACGUGGUGGCAGCCGACCUGCAGAAGGGGGGGAAAUCGGCGCCUUAG